AUGGACCGAGCACUUCCGAGACGUCCGCAAUCGUCCAUCCACCAUCUCCGACGCCGCCAUCGCCCGCUGCUGCAAGUGGAGACCAACGCCGAGCUCGACAUCCCCCCCUAUCUACACGAGACCAUCAGGGCUGUGCAGCAACUCUCCAGCGGGGAGGCGCCCGGAUUGGACGCGAUCCCUGCUGAGAUCUACAAGCACAGUGGCCCCCAACUCAUGGCUCAUCUGACAGCGCUCUUCCAGGAGAUGUGGCGUCAAGAUAAAUACCGCAGGAUUCCAAGGACGCCACAAUCAUGCAUCAAUAGAAGCGGAAAGAAAACCGCCAAAUCUGCGACAGCCGCCGAGGUAUUUCCCUGCUAAACAUCGCCAGAAAGAUCUUCGCUCGCGUCAUUCUCAUCCGCAUGAACAACCACCUAGAACAAGAUCUGCCGCCGAAAAGCCAGUGCGGCUUCCUUCGUCAUCGUGGAACCGCAGAUAUAAGCUUCGCGGCAUACCAACUUCAGGUGAAGUGUCAGGAGAUGCGGAACCAUCUGUACUCUGCCUUCGUGGAUCUGACAAAUGGCUUCGACACGGUGAAUCGCGAAGAACUGUGGAAAAUCAUGCAGAAAAUCGGCUGUACCUAACUAUUCAGUCAGAUGGUGCGUCAGCUCCACGACGGCAUGAUGGCGCGCGUCACGGACAAUGGAGCUGUCUCAGAGGCGUUCGCGGUGACCAACGGAGUGAAGCAGGACUGUGUCCUCGAGCCUACCCUUUUCAGCCUAAUGUUCACUGCCAUGCGGAUGGACGCCUACCGUGGCAAACGUCCUGGGAUCCGCGUCGUCUACAGAACGGACUGCUCAACCACCAGAGGAUGA